CAGAGCUGCAAGCCUAGCCCAUGUCUCUGAUGCUGCACUGCAGUAUUUGCAAGGCUGCAUGAAGCUGUUGUGUGCAAAGUAUCCAGAGAUCAAGACUCUGAUGGGACCAGAUCCACAUUUAAAGUGGAUUGUAUCUGGGAUGGUUUUCACACAGUUUCUAGCAUGCUACCUGGUGAAAGACUUAUCCUGGAAAUGGAUUUUCUUCUGGGCUUAUGCUUUUGGGGGCUGCAUCAACCAUUCGCUGACCCUAGCCAUCCAUGACAUCUCACACAACGUUGCCUUUGGGAACAAGCAGGCCAAGUGGAACCGAUGGUUUGCAAUCUUUGCCAACUUGCCAAUUGGCAUCCCUUAUUCUGCCUCCUUCAAGAAAUAUCACAUUGACCACCAUCGGUACCUAGGUGGGGACAACUUGGAUGUGGACAUUCCCACAGACUUUGAAGGAUGGUUCUUCUGUACGCCUCUUCGAAAACUACUUUGGCUUUUCCUCCAACCUCUGUUCUACAGCCUGAGACCUCUAUAUGUGAACCCCAAAGCAAUUACACGGAUGGAAAUAUUUAACGCGCUCAUCCAGUUUUCUGUAGACCUUAUAAUUUACUACUUUUGGGGGCUCAAACCUAUCAUUUACUUAAUAGCAGGUACAAUUCUUUGCAUGGGUGUACAUCCCAUUUCUGGGCACUUCAUAGCGGAACACUACAUGUUCUUGAAAGGGUAUGAGACAUACUCUUAUUAUGGACCUCUGAACUGGCUCACCUUUAACGUAGGCUACCACAUGGAGCAUCAUGACUUCCCCAGCAUUCCUGGAUGCAGAUUGCCAAUGGUGAAGAAGAUCGCAGCAGAAUAUUAUGAUAACCUCCCACAUCACCAGUCCUGGAUUCGAGUUCUGUGGGACUUUGUUUUCGAUGACACUAUUGGUCCUUAUUCAAGGGUUAAGAGACUAUGCAAACUGGCAGAAGAAAGCUAA